AUGGACAGCGAAGGAAGAGAACCUAUUGUACAUGACCUUGCAAACGAAAGUUUACAAAAUGUCAUAAAAACUUACUUUGCAGACAAUGAACUGAGAAGGGAUGAAUAUUUAAGAAAACUCAAAUGGACAGUACCAAAUGAAAUGUUAGUAUUGAAAAACAUGUUCCUUGACAAAAUAAAACCAACUACAGAAAUAAACGACGCAAGACUGAAAGAUUGGGUAAAAGCUUUCCCAUUCACAAAAGAUAUAGUUGGUAACAUGGAAAGAAAACCAGAAUGGCUACAAAAACAUAUAUUUGGAAACGAGCAUAUUCCAUAUGGACAGGCACUGUUUGAAGAGCUUGAACCGGAAACUCAGGAAAGAGUCAUGCAAACAAUAAGCGACGACUCAAAUACAAACUAUGACAAACUCUUUCUAGGAUAUAGGUUACCUGAGAUGGGCGACCAGAGCCCAAAGGCAAAAAGGACAUGGAAAAUUUGCAACAUACUAGAUGAACAUGAGGCAAAGAUGCAACAACUUGAAGCAGAGGGCAAGUUACCAAAAGCGACACCAAAGAAGAAGAGAAGAGUAGAACAAAGUGAAAGUAGUGAAGAAGUAACUUCAUCUAGUGAAAGUAGUGGCAAUGAAGGAAAAAGAAGA